CUUGCCAGUGCCAUUUUAUUUCCCCCCUUGUUUUGUGUGUGCUUUGUACGUACGUAGUAAAGAGAAGAUCCCCGGCUUUCCGUCCCACCUUUGAUCUACCCAGAUCUCUCUUCUGUCUCUUUUGACAGGCUUCUUUCUUACUUUUUGCAUUCGCUUUUUCUGCCGUAAACUUUGACAUCGAAAACACUCGUUUUUUCCCAUUUGGACUUUUAUUUCCCGAUCCUGUCUGCUUUGGCGGGAGGGCUUAGUACACACACUGAGGUCUGUGGUGCUUGUGUCGCUCGCUUACAAGCUACCCUGAUUGACCACCAUAUCACGACGUCGCUUCAUAUCGACGCCCAUUUCCUUAUAGAGGGAUUCAUACCUAGACAGGGCGGCAUGAUGUUUUCUUCACCGACAGCCUUUGUGGCUCAGGCUGCGCUUCUGGGAGGUCUUCUCGUUCAAUCGGUCGACGCACAGUAUUACAAGAUUGGAACAAAGGAUGAGAUUAAGCAAUCAGCGCGAACACUGGCGUAUGAUCUCAUGUUGCAAUAUGACGGUAACCAGACUGGCAUGAUUCCCGGUAUCUUGCCCGGUCCUCCAACAGAAUACAAGGGCGACUACUACUGGUGGGAAGGUGGAGCGAUGAUGGGAACAUAUAUCGAUUACUGGAAGCUCACCGGCGACGAGAGCUACAACCACGUAGUGAUGGAGGGCAUGCUUCACCAAACAGGCGACGGCCACGAUUACAUGCCCAGCAACCACAGCGCAUCCCUCGGAAACGACGAUCAAGGCUUCUGGGGCAUGUCCGCCAUGCUUGCAGCAGAGAACAAAUUCCCCAAUCCACCCGAUGACCAACCCCAAUGGCUCGCCCUCGCACAGGCCGUAUGGACGACACAGGCUAAGCCCGAGCGACACGAUGACGAGUGUAACGGUGGAAUGCGAUGGCAGAUCCCCUUCACCAACUCUGGAUACGAUUACAAGAACACCAUUGCCAACGGAUGCUUCUUCAACAUCGGCGCUCGUCUUGCGCGAUACACAGGAAACGAAACAUAUGCGAAAUACGCCGAAGAGACGUGGGAGUGGCUCUGGAACGUCAACUACAUCGAUCACGAGAGGUGGCUCGUCUACGAUGGCGGACACGUCGGAAAGAACUGUACCGACAUCAACAAGGCCACCUUUUCCUACAACGCCGCCAUUCUCAUCCAAGGCGCUGCCUUUAUGUACAACUUUACCAACGGUUCCAAUGUAUGGGAGGACCGCAUCGACAAGCUCCUCGACGCUACGCUCAAGAACUUCUUCCCCAAGGACAUCAUGUACGAAGUCCCCUGCGAGGGCCGCAAGGGCGCCUGCUCGACCGACAUGUUGUCCUUCAAGGGCUACGUGCACCGCUGGCUCGCAGUGACAACACAAGUCGCGCCCUUCACCGCGGAAAGGAUCCUCCCCGUGCUGCAGACAUCCACAGAAGCGGCCGUGAAGCAAUGCACCGGCGGAGACUCGGGUCGCAAAUGCGGUUUCUACUGGAGCGGCGGUGAAUUCGUGGACCCUGCUGUUGACGAGACUAGCGGCGCGGGCGAACAGAUGAACGUGCUAGCUGCGGUGUCGAGUUUACUGAUCGGCGACGCUGAACCGCCUGCGACGAAUAAGACGGGUGGUAUUUCGAAGGGUGAUCCAAAGGCUGGUGAGGAUUCGCAUGAUAAUCCUGAGCCGGAACCUAUCACGACUGCGGAUCGGGCGGGAGCGGGUAUCCUGACGUUCUUGGUCCUUGCGGGUGCUGUUGGAACGUUUGGAUGGAUGUGUUUUGAUUGAGCGAUUUGAAAGUUUGAGUAUGGCGUUGGUUUUGAACAUAUGCAAGAAACUCGACUGGCGAGCGAGG